AUGUCGGAUGCCCUUACGCACUGGCCCUUGUCGCCGAUUGAGGCAGAGGACGACGUGAGCGAGGAGUCCAAAAGCUCGGAUCUCGAAUGGGAGAGCGACGAUUCCAAGGUUACGGCAUCGGAACAGUCUGAGUCUCAACAAUCAGAAGAGGAGGAGGAGGAAGAAGAAGAAGAAGACGCGGAAGCGGAAGGAGCGGUUGCUGAUAAUGGAGGCCUCAAUGCGGAAGUGGAGAUUGAAGGAGACUUCGAUCGGCUUGUUCAGAGCAUACGCGGGGCAGAUGGAGGCUCGAGUACCGGUAUUCUCUCAAGAAUGUGGAACGUCAAUCUCGAAGAGAAAGAGGCCGAGUUUCGGGAUGACCUGCGCGAAGCGUCAGGAGUCGGUCGAAGGAAGGUUAAAAAGCGCGCGCGCCGCUCAGGUCCGGUACUCUCGCCGCAAGUCCGGAUACUGAUCGGCGAGGGCAACCAAGCGUACGUCGAUAACGACAUCCCGGAGACGAUCCGCAUCAUGCAGGAAGUCAUCCGCAUCGAGCCCCACGCCGUAUCCGCAUGGUCUGUGCUCGCUCAGUGUUAUGCCGACAUGAACGAGCCGCAGAAAGAACUGCAAUUGCGUAUCAUGGCUGCGCAUUUGGAUCACGAUGAGGAAGUAUGGAGGCAGCUCGCCAAGCGAUCCUUGGAACUGGGGCUCAACCAGCAGGCACUGUAUUGCUACGGUAAGGCGUAUCGUCUUGAUGCCACGGCGGUCGAUGUGCUGUGGGACCGCGCAAUGCUUGCCAAGGAAGUCGGGGAACUGAAAAUUGCCCGCGAUACCUUUUUGAUGAUACUGAAGCGGUAUCCUCACGAUCUCACAGUCCUUGACGAGAUCCGACCGAUCCUGAUCGAACUGUCCGACCUCGAACGAUGUGCAUCGCUCUUCGAAGCCUGCUUUGCGCACUAUCAGUCUGCGUUCCCGACCGGCCUUGGGUACGACCACAGGGCGGAGAAAGAAGUGCCUGGAGGCGGAUUCGGACUUAUGCAGCUGCUGGUCCUCGCCGACCUCUAUAACACACUUGGCCAGUACGAGAAGGCCAUCGAGACGAUUAGAAACGGGUGUAGAUGGCUUCAGGGACGCUCGCAGCAGCGGUUUUGGGAUGUCUGUGAGGAUGAUCGGGAGUACGAUGUUAUUGAAGGCCUGAGAGGCACCGAAGGCGCUCUGCAGCCCGGCAUGUAUCCGCUCGAUGUGAAUGCAAGACACCGACUGGCGGUGUCCAGGAUCAAAAUGGGCGAUAUUGAGGAAGGAAAGAUCCAUGCUAAUAUUGUACUUUCACAAGACGUCACCGAAUAUGCGCCGCUCUUUGGAGAGAUAGCAGACGCAUAUUUCGAGCGGGAAUUGUAUGCGGAGGCAGGACGCAUAUAUGAGAUUCUCGGUGGAGAUGCUGGGACUAGCAGCCUAUACGUUCUUAUGCAAGCUGCCGUUUGUCGACGGAUGGUGGGUGACAUCAAAGAGGCAGCCGAGGUCUAUGAACACGUGAUAAGUGCUGAUCCAACCAACAACGAGGCCAAAAUGAAACUCGCUGAAAUCUAUGAGAUUACUGGCGAGACUCGCAAGGCUUUCGAUCUGGUCAUGCAAGUCAUUGACUCUCGCAAGAGACGCCAGCGUCAGGGGGCCGCGGAAGGCGCUGGAGAAACUCUCCCAACGACCUCUCUAUUUGAUGAGAAGAGCAAGCCUAAAGGGAAGGCAGCCAAGGCAGCCAGCAAAGUCACAUUUACACAGCUCCGAGAGCUGGAAGCCGAGAAAGAACGGGAGGUGGUGCAAGGGUUCCAUCGGAUUAAGGAAUUGUGGCCACGUGUGAUGGUAGGAGGUGAAGAGGAAGCAGAAAGGGAAUGGCUCGUUGAGGCAGAGAAGCUUGUCGAGUCAUUCAGGGAGACGAGGCCUCUUUUCUUGACCAGUCGACAUCAAGGCUUCCGCGGAAUGUUUCCUCGGUCAUCAAGGAAGCAGACAGCAGAAGCAAGUGAGGAGAGCAUGGCGUCUCGUCUACAACUGGAGCUUGGACGCGGGAUGAUGGCGCACAAGGUUAAGAGCGAAGGAAUAAAUCCAGGCGGCGUGGAGACGUUCCGCACAGUGUCCUUCGAGGAAUGGCUGAGACUAUUCUUGCAUUAUACGUUCCAAUUGACUAAACAAGGCCGAUAUGAGGAAGCCCAAGAGAUUCUUCGGCACAUCACAUAUUCUAAUGCAUACCAAAGUCGCGUUGCUCAAGAUGCCAUUAGGCUGGCUUUGAUAACUUGCUCUGUACAUGCAGGCAACUACCAAAUAGCAGUGGAGCAAUCCCGCAAGCUCAUAAAUGCCUACCAAUUCAACAACGAGCCUCUCCGUGUUUUAGUUGCCUCUCUCGGAAGCGGCCUCCGUCCCACCGAUGCAUUUCUAGUGUCGACAUUGACUAAGCAUCUCCUACGGGAGCUGAAGCUCGGUGACAUGGCUUUGAAGAAUAAGGACGCCCUGCGCUGGAACCAUAUUCUUCGUCGAUACGGCCAAACGGGAGGCCAAAAGGCUGGCGAUGCUGAGGACGUUGACGAAGAUGAUAUCGACGAAGUGGCCGGAGAAGGUGCCCCUACUGCUGUGGAUAAGUCAGGGCUGCCCACGAAAGGCAAUCCGGUAAGUAUUGCUGUGUAUGGACAGAUCUGCCUCGCAGCCAGAAGCUAUCAAAGUGCCUUAUUCUACCUCUUGCAUGCAUAUGACUACUGUCCAGACGACCCAAUGAUUUGCCUGUGCACUGCGAUCGCGUCGUUCGGUCGAGCAAUGCAACGUCAGGCGGAUAAUAGGAAUCACCUUAUCACACAAGGAAUGGCCUUCCUAUCUCGUUACCGAGCGAUCCGUGGAGUUGAUUCCGAUGGCAUGGAUGAAGUCGAGUACAACUUUGGACGUGUGUUUCAACAGCUCGGCCUGCAUUCACUUGCUGUCCGCCACUAUGAGCGAGUCCUUGAGUUGGCCGAGAACCGAACAGGCGUCAAUGACGAGGACUACGGAUUGGCCCGUGAAGCAGCAUAUAACCUAUCUCUUAUUUACGUGACGACAGGCGCAACGCCCCUCGCCGAGAAUUUGUACCGCCGCUGGUUGUCUCUAUAA